UGUCAUUUUCCUUCAUAAUAUCAAUAUGCUAACGUGGUAACAGAAAGCUUUGGUAAUUUAAUUUUGUUCAAGGUGAAUUAUCAGUACUACUGCUAUUCGUUGGUUUUUGUAUGUGGAAUCGGCUUUCCUUCUCUAAAAUUGGGUUGAUGUUUAAACUCUUUAAUUUUCUGUUAUAAAUCAAACAGAAAAACGUGACAAAUCUUGCUACUCAACUGAUGCAGUCUAUGUGGAUGGACUGUAGCUAUCACAAACAUUUGAAUUUCUUAACAUAUGGUAAAUAAUUAAUUUUUCAUUCUUUCUUUGGUAAGAAUCCUGCAAGUGCUUUAUAAUUCACUAGUUCCUCUAAAACUUUACAAGUUUAGAAACGACAUGUCAUUUAUCCUACUCAAAAAAGGUAUGUUAAUGUUUGUAACAACAAUUUUGAUCAAGGUGUAUAGGUUGUGAAAUUUUUAUAAUGGCUUUACAGUAUUGUCUUAAUUGAUCCUUGAGUGAUGAUUGUAUAAUUGUUAGUAGGAUCCUUUAUCUGUUUCAAUUAGUUCCUUUAAUCUUACUUUCUAGUGAUGAAAAGAUUUGCUCUUUUGUGAGAAACAAAAGGGUACUAUUUGUGAAAAAGGACACUGUUUUGAGAGAGAGAAAAAAAGGUAUUCUUCUCUGAAAAAAAUAAAAGUACUCCUUUUGGGAAAGCAAUGUACUGUUAUAUUUUGUUUGUGGAAAUAAAUAUUCUGUUUUGAAAUUACGUUAUUUUAUUAUUUCUAACUUUAAUAUUUUUAUGAUAGUUUUAAUCAUCAUAUCGAAUUUGUCGAAAUUUGAGUUUGUGACACUUGAUAUCUCUGGAAAGAACUACUUAUCAUAGGUCCUCGAUGCUGAAAUUCACCAAGAUGCCAAAGGUCUUGGUGCCACUAUUACUCAGGAUAAUACAACAUUGAGUCAGGACAAAGCAAAGGCAAUGAUUUUCCUUCGUCAUCAUCUGGAUGAAGGAUUGAAGGUUGAAUACCUGACAGUGAAAGAUCCACUUGAAUUGUGGACUGGUUUGAAGGAAAGGUAUGACCACAUUAAGCAUAAUACCUUUUUAUUGAAAAAUCAUGAAGCCCGUUCCACUGGAACUGCUCCAUUCCUGGAAGCGAACGUGGUAGCAGCACAUGGCGCAGCUGAAAGAAGACAAAACAAUCGGGGCCAUAAUAAUGAGUGUAGGCAUGGCAAGGGCAAGGGACGAUAUAAUAAUCAUCGUGAUGGUGGUCACCAUAAAAGGGAGAACAAUAUGGGCUAUCAAGGCAAUCCUUCAAAGAGCAACUAUCAUCGUUGUGGUUUGAAAGGUCACUGGAAAAAUGAAUGCCGGGCGCCUGAACAUUUUGCCAGGCUUUAUCCAAAUUCCUUCAAAAGAAAGGUAAAUAGAGGUGGUGCCUCUUCGCCUAAUGCCUAGGUGGAGUCACACAUGACUUUAAAAAAUGAUGAUGAGGCAGGGCCUUCACGAAAAUAUGAUGAUAAUGUUGAAACUAAUUUGGCUUUGAAAGAUGAUGGUUUUGAUGGGCUUGAUGAUAUUACUCAUUUGGAAGUUGAAGACUUCUUUGGAGAUCAAAAUUGAGAUUUGGUCGUUUCACUGGGGAAUGUGUUAUGUUGUUAUUGUUUAUGUGUUUUAAGUUGUCCUUAUGUUGUUUUAUUUUCGAGUAGUACUUAAGUUCUCUACGUUGUUUUAUUUUCAAGGAUUAGUACUUAAUUUUUAUGUUGUUAGU